AGGAAGGAUCCAGUGUGAUGCGGGAGCCCUUCGAGGCAGAUGAUGGGGUGAAGACGUGACCGCUUCGUGUCUGGAGCGUGUUAGAAAAGGUCAAAGUAGUUCGCGCGCCGCGGCGGAUGUAUACACGCCAGGCACCAGCGGUAAUUAGCGGACUGUGUGCUCGAGCGUUCGACACGUGAGGCGGAAGCUGUUCGGCACUGGAUGCGCGCGUGCGCCCUGAGCAGCAGCAGCAGCAGCAGGAGCGGGCGCGCGAGGUGUCAGUCAGUCAGCAGCGGGAAGUCCACGCUUCAGUGUGGAGUCAGCACCAGCAGAGCUCACGCGCCGUGGACCGGAGCCGCCGAAGCCAGACAGCCGCGCAGCCUUCUCUCUCUCGCAGGGGCGUGAUGGAUGAGAGAAGAGCUCACUUGCAGGACGCAGCCUUCAUGGAGCGCGCGGAGUUCCUCGGCGUGGACUACCCGGCUCUGUACAUGUGCAAGUCCAAGCGAGGCAUCAAGCGGGAGGAUGGAGGAAAGUUUCCAUCCGCAGGACGCGUACAAGUUGCCGCACCGGUUGAUCGAGAAGAAGCGAAGAGACAGAAUAAACGAAUGUAUCGGCCAGUUGAAAGACCUUCUGCCGGAGCACCUCAAGCUGUCGACGCUGGGACACUUGGAGAAGGCGGUGGUUCUGGAGCUGACGCUGAAGCAUUUAAACGCUCUGACGGCGGUGACGGAGCAGCAGCACCAGAAGAUCCUGGCCCUGCAGAACGGAGACCGCACCAUUAAGGCGGAUGUGGACGCCUUUCACUCGGGGUUCCAGACCUGCGCCAAGGAGGUGCUGCAGUACCUGGCUCAGGUGGAGAAGUGGGGCGCGCGGGAGCAGCGGUGCGCGCAGCUCCUCAGCCACCUGCACCAGGUCCUGGCGUCCGGAGCGCCGCAGCAGGACGGGCCGCACAGAGGCGACAACUGCGUCCCGGUGAUCCAGAGGACCCAGGGCGGGGAGGUGAACGAGAACGACACGGACACGGACAGUGGCUACGGCGGCGAGGCGGAGAAAAGCGACGCCAAAGAAUGUGAGCGCAGCAAGUCGCUGAAGAUCAAGCAGGAGUUUGGAGACGAGCGCGCGGCCAAGAAAGCCAAGACGAGCUGGACCGGCUCGGACGGAAGAGCAGACGUGGCGCUCGUGAACUCGCUGAUGGGAAUAACGAACGCGGGGCAGCAGACGCCCAUCUGCAUGCCGUUCUACUUCAUCAACCCACCCGCCGCCGCCGCCGCCGCGUCCUACAUGCCUCUGUUCGACAAGAACUCGGUGGAGAAGUUGGUGUAUCCGGCCGCGCUGGCGUCUCCCUUCCCCUGGCUGUAUCCCGCGCACGCGGCCGCGGCGGCUGCAGCGGCCGCCGCCGCCGCCUUCCCUGGUCUGUCCGCGCACUUGGGAUCCACGCCUGCGCACAAGGACUCCGCUGACAGCGACGGCGCGCGGGAGACGGACAGCAGCUCACCUGAGGAAACUCCCGCCAACGAGGCGGCAGACGAUGACGCAAGCAGCCAGUCGGACGACAGCAGCCGAGUCAGCUAACUAGGUUCUGGAGACGUCGCGUGCCUUUUGCACUUAUCGAUCAAUCUGAAUGGUCAUCGACGACGAUUUGACGAGCCACUUUUCUAGCCUCUUUGAUAAACCCGGCAGAACUGGUGCCAAACACUUUGACAAGCGAUGCGCUUUAUCCCAAUCAAUCAAAGACGUGGAUGUAUGACUUUGUAUCUGACCUCUGACUGUAAAUAUCAGCCACAUAGUCGGCGCUCCUCGACAUGAAAAGUGCUCCUUUAUAAGACGUGACGGGAGAGUGAGCGCGUCCGCUCCACCUCGAUAUCACCUUCUUUGACGUCACUCCAAACGGACCGCAGACACUCAUCCCUCCUGAUCAACCAGCAUAUUGUAGAUGAUAGCACCUUACGGACCUUUGAUAUUGAAUGUAUUUUCCCAGUUUGUGAAGUCCGAGAUGGAGUCGUUUCUAAUGUCAAGACGUGAAGUGCACUUUUCUCUGCUUACCUCCCCGCAACAAGUCACAAAGCAAAGCGUCGCACCGCGCUGAGAAACAGCGCAAGAAUCAAGUCGGAAUCCAACGAACGCCACCUUCUUUCUGGACUGGAAACAUUUUGUAAAACGUUGCUUUUUCAAUAUUCAACCAAGAGCCCCAGAUGAGAUUCAUCCCUGCAAGUGUAGUGUUUGUUUUCAGGAGUUGCACACGUGACUGAGUCAGCAGAUUCUCAUUGUAUUUUUGCAAGACAUGAUGUUGCUUUUGUAGUAUCUUUAGAUGGUUCUGCCUCAAAGUCUGCUCUGGAAAGUGGCAUGUGUCUGUGUAAAUAGUUUUUAUGUGAAUAUACCAUAAAUAUAUCCAUGUCAAUGUCAAUGUCGUAGAAGUCUAUUGGUUUUUUUUUUUAAACAUUACCUGAGCAAAUGUUGCACAUUUCGCUAAUGCUUUACACAUACGAUGUUAUAAAUUAUUGCAGAUUGCUUGUAAAAUAAACUGGAAAACAAACAAAGAGCGGCGCAGAUUUCG